AACAAAAACAUCAUCAUCAUUUAAUCGAUUUUUUUUCGUUAAUCUGAUUAACAAAUAAAACAGAAAAAAAAUGAUGGGACGACGUGAAUCCGUUCCAUUGGAUUGUAAAGUAUAUGUUGGUGAAUUAGGUAACAGCGGUAAUAGACAUGAACUUGAAGAUGCAUUCGGUUAUUAUGGCCCAUUACGUGAAGUUUGGGUUGCCCGUAAUCCACCGGGUUUUGCAUUCGUCAUGUUUCAGGAUGCUCGUGAUGCACGUGAUGCUGUCCGUGCUUUGGAUGGAAAAUUGAUCUGUAAUCGCCGUGUACGUGUAGAAUUGUCAACUGGUAAAUCACGUCAUGAAAAACGUGGUUUUCGUAUGCGUGAUGGACCUGGUGGUCCACGUGGAGGGGGUUAUGGUGGGCCUGGUGGUCCACGUGAUGGAUCACCAAGACGACCACGUGGUGAUCCAUAUGGACGUGGUAUGCCUGAUCGUGGUCCACCACCUAAUGGUCCAGCUGGUGGCCGUUAUGAUGAUCGAUAUGCUCAUCGUGGCCGUGGUUAUUCACGAAGUCGAAGCCGUUCACCAUCACCGAUUGUUCGUGGCAGGCCACGAACACCACCAUCAAGAUCACGAUCACGUUCACCAAUACCGAAAUCGCCGUUAUCCGAUCGUUAUGAUGACCAUCUUUAAAAAGUAUCACCGCCAUUGAUCGUGUAUGUGUGUUGUGAUUGAAAAUUAUGAUCAUCAACCAUUAUCAUUGUCACCAAAACAAACAUUCACACACCAUCAUCAUAUUUGUCAUUUUCAUAGUUUAAUCACACACAUAUAGAUCAUUAUCAUCAGAUGAUGGAUAAGGAUUUAAUAUAAGAUGCCAACGUCCUAUUAAUCUCAAAACAACAUUUUUUUCUAAUUUUGUAUUUCAAUCUUUAUAUCGAUCAAUCCCUUCCGUACACAAUCCACAUGAUAACAUGAACUUUUCGCACACAUACAUUGAUAACAAUCCUAUGAUUUCAUAUCCCACACAAUUACUAAUCAAAUUUUUUUUAGCUCUAAUUUAGAUAGAUAGAUAGAUAGCAUUAGAUCAUUAUCAUCAUCUUUGAAUCACGAAACAACUUUCUGCUAGAAGGUCGUACUUUUUUCAUUCUAUUUCCUACAUAUUACUGCAAAAAAAAAUUCCCGUUCAUCCUUUAACCAUGAAAAAAAUUUCCUUUUUUUUGAAAAAUUUUUCUGAAGAUGAUUAAAUUUUUCUUUUUUGAUUCUCUUUUGUUCCUUUUUAUGUUUAAAAUAUUUUUGAUGCCCUUGAUUAUUAUUAAUUAAUACUUAAAACAUAUGACAUUCUGAUUGGAAACACUUGUAACUGUUAAGUGUAUUUUGUAUGUAUGUCAAAUCAGCAGCUUUGGCAAUGUUAAUUUUUUAGAUUCAAAGAUAAAAAACAGAUUGUGGUUGUAAAUGUAUUUGAAGAAGACAUUACAAGAUAAUAAAAUCACCUUUUCAAUUUGGA